AUGACGACACAUAAUAUCUUUGACGACGUAGGUAAAAACCAUGGAAAAUACGACAUGGACCGUAUAGGUUUAUUUUCGGAGAUGCCAUAUAUGAUUGGCGAUAAGUAUAACCCACCUAAUACAAAAAACAAUGUACGAGAUUUGAAAAAGUCUCAAAUGUAUCCAAGUAUAUUAAAAACUAAAACAGGUCUUCAAGAUGCUUAUUUUGAACCAAAAUUUAAAAGAUUAUAUGAAAAUGAAAAAUGGAAACCAUCAGGAAUGUAUGAUAAGAAGUCAAGCCCAUAUAACGACGUAAAAAAACAUGAYAGGAAAGAUAAAUUAAUCAAAACUUCACCAUUUUUAAUGGCUGGUGCUUGUGAGUUCUUUGAUAAAAAUCCAUAUUUUAGUAAUGAUCAAAAGCCAACGUACAAAAAAAUCACAAAUAUCAAGUUUAAAGGACCACCAUUUGUACCAUCUUCAGCAAUAAAUCACCGGAUACCUCCAAAUAAUGGACGAAAUUUUGGAGACCGAGAGUGUCCGGUAUUUAGAGGUUAUUUAUUGUAUACUUAUUGUACUGAACAGUAA